AUGUCCACACCAGAGCACCGUUUUUGGGUGGCAACCUUGCUGCUCCUCUGGAGCUUGAAGCUCGGCAUCCAAGGGUUCGGAAUCAAUCUGAUGAAGGUUCCAGCUGAGGAUAAGGGACAGGAAGCUUGCAUCCUUGCUCUGCUCCGGAAAUAUUUCGAUUCCGGAGAUGGACUCUCGGGCUCAGUGCUCUGCUUCAAUCGAAACUAUCAGUUGCCCCAUAUCCAAGACCAGUUACUCAGAGGAAUGCAGUCUUACCGGCAGUAUCCUUGGAGCGUUUUGAUAACCAACUCCAGGCAGGGAUCUGCGUCAUCCGCAAUACUGAUGAAUGAGAAGCCGCAGUGCUAUUUCCUCAUUGUCGAGAGUCUCGACGACGAAGACCUUGACGAGAUAUUCGAGCAUUGGAAAAGCAUGGUUAACUGGAAUCCCCUGGCCCAAUUCGUUGUUUACUUGGCCAGUUUGGAGGAAACAGAAGAGGAGAUGACUGACCUAAUGGUGGAAGUGCUCCUUACCUUUAUGAACAAGAAGAUUUUCAACGUGAACGUCAUAGGCCAGAGCGCAGAAACCAAUUACUUCUACGGCAAAACCGUCUUUCCCUACCAUCCGGAUAACAACUGCGGAAAUCGUGUUAUAUCUGUUGAGCUACUGGAUGCCUGCGAUUAUCCGGGCGAUGAAAAGGAUCUUCGGGAUGAGGACUAUGACGAAGGUGAAGGUGGUGAAAACCAGGAGGACAACAGUCAGGAAAAUUCCGUUGAUCAGGAAGAUGAGGUUCCAAAAAAUAGCAGAGAAAGUGGAGAAAAUGGUACCGGUUACAGGGAAAUCGGACAAAGUGAGGGACAAGAUACUGAAUAUAUAAAUAAGAGUGAAGAAAAGUGUAAAGAAAAAUGUCCCCAAAGCGAGGAAGGUAAUGAGAAAAGUCAAGAACAGGAAGAAAACGUUGAUGGAAUUCAGUCAAAUGAAAGUGGAGGCCAAAAAGAAAGCGCAGAAAGUGCUAUUACAGGUCAGGAAAAUUAUCAUCCAAAUGAUGACAAACCAACCAAUGAGAACAGAAAUAGUAAUGAGAGAAAUGAUCAAAGUUUAAGCGAAGAAGAAAUUUAUGUGUCUUCGAGCCCCGAUGGAAACUUGAAAUAUCAAACAAAUUAUGAGUACUCAGAAAACUCGUUUGGCGAUAGCAAUGAAAAUGUAUCUAAAACCUCACCAAAGGCAACCAACGACGAUAACACUGAAAGUUCAACUGAGACUAGCAAAGGGGAUAAUGCAAAUGGAUCUUUUGAAAAUGAUGAGAAUAAGUCCAACUCCUCAGAGCCGGAAGCCACAAUCGAGGAAUUCUAUAGAGCCAAGUUUGAGGAUAAAUUCCCUCGCGAUCUCAGUGGAUGUCCUCUGACAGCAUCAUUUCGUCCUUGGGAACCAUAUAUUUUUCGCAACAGGGAGGAGGAAGUCGUGGAUGAUUACUACUACGGCGUACAAACGGAUGGUGACGACUACAACGACACUUCCCCCAGUUAUAAGGAAACGGAGGACGAGAGCUAUGGUUAUCCGGAAGAUGAUGGUGACAAUUCCAUUCCCGACGCCGAAACUCAUUCCGAUGAAAAGGUCAAGUUGAGUGGAAUUGAGUACCAAAUGGUAAAAACCAUCGCCGAACGUUUGCACGUAAACAUUGAAAUGCAAGGCGAGAACAGCAAUUUGUAUCACCUUUUUCAACAACUGAUCGAUGGGGAGAUCGAGAUGAUUGUGGGUGGAAUAGAUGAGGAUCCAAGCAUCAGCCAGUUCGUAUCCAGUUCCAUCCCGUAUCACCAGGACGAGCUAACUUGGUGUGUGGCGAGGGCAAAACGCAGACAUGGUUUCUUCAACUUCGUGGCCACUUUCAAAGCGGACGCAGGAUUUCUGCUGGGACUCUUUGUGGUUACAUGCUCGCUGGUGGUUUUAGUGGCUCAACGUGUUUCUGGCUUCCGGCUGGGUAAUCUCAAUGGAUAUUUCCCCAUCUGCCUCAGGGUUCUGGGAAUCUUGCUCAACCAGUCCAUUGCAGUUCAGAACUUUUCAUUGACUUUAAGGCAACUGUUUGCGCUUUCCUUUCUAAUGGGCUUCUUCUUCAGUAAUACGUACCAGAGUUUUCUGAUUAGCACGCUAACCACUCCCCGCAGCUCCUAUCAAAUACAGACUCUGCAGGAUAUAUACAUUAACCGAAUGACCAUCAUGGGCACCUCCGAGAACGUUCGACAUUUGAACAAGGAUGGAGAGAUAUUCAAGUAUAUUCGCGAGAAGUUCAAAAUGUGCUAUAAUUUGGUGGACUGUCUCAACAAUGCUGCUGAAAAUGAACACAUCGCAGUCGCUGUUUCCCGGCAGCACUCUUUCUACAAUCCGCGGAUUCAAAGGGACCGCCUCUACUGCUUCGAUCGACGGGAAUCCCUUUACGUCUACCUAGUGACCAUGCUGCUGCCGAAGAAGUACCAUCUGCUGCACCAGAUCAACCCGGUGAUCCAGCACAUCAUCGAAUCGGGGCACAUGCAGAAGUGGGCCCGCGACCUUGACAUGCGGCGCAUGAUACACGAGGAGAUAACCAGAGCGCGCGAAGAUCCUUUCAAGGCUCUCACUUUUGACCAAUUUCGUGGAGCCAUCGUUUUUUCCGGCGGACUUUUACUGGUGGCCAGCGGCGUCUUUGCCUUCGAGUGGUGCUAUGUCAAAUGUGUCCUUCGAUCUAAAAGGAAAAUAAUGAUCUUGAAAUGA